AUAUUUCGUAAUACCGGUCUGUAAUUCGCCACACAAAAAAAAAAAAAAAAAAAAAACUAAACUAAACUAAAAGAUGAAGAACAUCUUAAGAUAUUGGGGCUUUUAUUUUGACAUCUGUAAAACGGCAUGCCGGAAGUGCUUAUUGUUGGCGCUGUCGUUAUGUUCAAUGGCUUUAUGCGAUGGAAAAAUGUGAAUAUAUUUUACUAUUCGUGUUUGAAUGCCGGUCUUUGCAGUUGUUACGAACCUCAUGAAAGAAUAUAGCCCUUUGGCUCCUGUUUGUUUUAAUGAUACCGCACCUCUCGUAUCUACCAAUUUACUGGUAUUAAUAUGAUUGCUGUUUUAUAUAAAGGGAACUUUUUUACUGUUAUUUCUGUUAAAAUAUGCCGCCUUCAAACGCUUAUAUAAAUGAAGACGUGUGGACGGUUGUACGGUUGGCGACGUUCACGCGACUGCUCUCCCUUAUUUUACAGGCUGUGCUGAAUGCAGUAAUUCCCGACCAUGUGGCAGAUGCCUUCAGCCCUCCACGAUCAGAGACCCCUCUCCUGCUAGACCCCAUCAUCGAAGCAUUGUUUAGUGGCCUUAGUCACUGGGAUGCAGAGCAUUUCCUCUUCAUUGCAGAACGUGGUUACGUGUAUGAGCACAACUUUGCGUUCUUUCCGUUGUUUCCUCUUAUCCUGCGAUUCCUGGCGGCCACCAUCCUGUGGCCCUUGUGUGGAUUUCUCACACUGCAUGGCCGUUUACUUUUAGCUGUGGCUUUAGGGAAUAGCAUUCUCUUUGUCCUAAGCACUGUGGCACUGUACAGACUGAGUCAUUUGGUGCUUCAAGACCGAAAACUUGCCCUUGUUGCAGUCUUCAUGUACUGUCUGACACCGGCUAAUGUUUUUAUGGUUGCAGGCUAUUCAGAGACGCUCUUUGCAGCGCUUGCCUUCGCGGGCCUCUGGCUACUUGAGACAAGAUUCACAGUUGGAGCUUGUCUUCUGCUUGGGUGUGCUACUGGUGCUCGUGCCAAUGGACUUGUGAAUGCUGGAUUUUUGCUGUACCUCACGUUACGACGGAGUCUUACCCGUGCAAGGGCCCGUUACAAAGGAGCGGGGGGCUUUCAGUAUCAUCACUAUGUCUGGGAACUUACUUGUUUUGUUCUCACGGGAGCAUUUUGUGCAGCUCUCGUGGCACUACCUUUUUGUUUGUUUCAGUUUUAUGGCUACCAAACGUUUUGUCAGCCGACUGCUACUGAAGUUCCCCCUGAGCUGCUUAAUCUGGCCCGGGCCAAAGGAUACCGUGUGGCUGAUGCAGCAUCUCCAACACCAACAUGGUGCCAAUGGCGAAUUCCAGUUUUGUACUCUUACAUACAGGAUGUUUACUGGGACGUGGGCUUCCUGCGAUACUUUCAGUUGAAGCAGAUACCUAACUUUAUCUUGGCACUACCUGUUGCAACUCUGGGAUUCAUAGCCUCAUAUACGUACAUAAUUGCUAACCCAGUGUUUUGUAUGUAUUUGGGGUUGGGAGACCGAGGUAAAGACCUAAAAAUUCAUGGUUUCUGUAACCCAAGAGUUUUUGUUUACAUCAUGCACAGUUCUGUCCUGCUUCUAUUUGGAAUAUUCUGCAUGCAUGUGCAGGUGUUGACACGUUUUCUUGCUUCCUCUUCGCCUGUUCUCUACUGGAUCAGUGCCCAUCUGCUUUUUCACUACGAACCUCUGCUGAGAGAUGAAAAGCUUUUCAAAUCAGAUCAAAUACAACAGCAAAAGGAUCACAAACCUCGCUUUGGUUUUGUGAACAUGUGGAGAAAUAAUGAAGUUGUUUACAUCUUGAUGCACUGGCAGACUUGCUCCAUUUAUACACAAUGCAUACUGGGGUAUUUCAUAUCAUAUUGGUUUUUAGGUCUGGCUCUGCACUGUAACUUCCUUCCCUGGACUUAAUAACUUUGUGGGAAUAACUUGUUUCAAUUUUUUGAAACAUUCCUAUGGCAUAAAAUGAUGCUGUUUGACAAAUAUCGAUGUAAUUAUAUUUGUUAGUUUUUUUUUUUCAUCUUUUUUUUUUGUAUCAUUGGUAUUGAAUAAAUAUCAUCAUUGGGACAUUUAAAAUGUGUUUUUGCAUAUAUAAUUAGAUCGAUCUGAAUGAAAUCGGGAGGAUCAUGUGACUCUAAAGACUGGAAUAAAUUACAUUCUAAAAUAGAAAACGGGUAUUUUGAAAUUGUAAAAAUUUUCUCAAUACUGUUUUACCAAAUAAAACAGACU